AUGGAGAUAGAAGUUAAUAAUUGCAGAAUUUUUAUAAAUUUCAGGAUUAAUAAAACUGUUUGCCAGAAUUCAUUGUUCAUUGUUAAGGUAAAAGUUGGAAUGGUUAUGGUCAGUGAUGGGAAAAGUCGUCCUCAACCAAUGCGACUUCAGUUAUGUGAAAAUAUGUUAUUGCUACAGAAAGAAGAAAUUGUGAAUAGUAAUAUUACUAUUUGUCAUCAAGAACCUCCAGGCGAUUCUAGAGAACGUAUUGUUAAAGUAAUUCGUCAAAAAAUAGGCGGAUUAGGACUGAGUAUUAAGGGAGGGGCAGAAAAUAAAUUACCUAUUUUAAUUUCUAGAAUAUUUAGAGAUCAAGCAGGAUUAGACUUGAUUAGUAGUCAUCAGAAAUAUUUAGUAGAUGGCUUUUAUUAA